AGCACAUUCCCAAUUUCCCACUCAAUAAUCCCAUCCCCCCCUUUUUCUUUCUUUUUUUUUAAAAAAAAUUUUCUGCUUCUCUUUCGUUCUUCACAUUUCGAAAAUUCUCCCCUUUUAAUUCUCAAUCUGCAACUUCAGAGAAUUCAACAAUGGCGGCUUCAAUCAAUCAAUUAGGGUUUGUAAUUUUCGCUAUGAUUCUUGUUUCAUGUUCAAUCUCAGCAAUGGCGGAUUCGGAAUCAGCUUUUAUUGUAGCUCACAAGAAGGCUACCCUCACAAAGCUCACCAAUGGCGUUGAACGUAUCUUCGUUUCUAUCGACCUCUACAAUCGUGGAUCUUUAACUGUGUACGAUGUAAGCCUUGUUGACAAGAGCUGGCCUGUGGACUCUUUUGAUUUAGUCAGUGGAAACUUUUCAAGAUCAUGGGACAGCCUCGAUGCUGGAGCUAUUGUUUCUCACUCCAUUGAACUAGAGCCAAGAGUAAAAGGUCUAUUCCAGGGUAGCCCAGCCGUGAUUACAUUCCGCAUUCCCAACAAGGCUGCACCCGUGGUUGCAUAUUCUACCCCCAUUUACCCAUUGAACAUGCUUGCAGAUACUACACCAGAGAACAAGCUUGAAUUGGCAAAGAGUCUUCUUGCUCGAUUUGGUGCACAGUUUUCAGCAGUCUCUCUUGUAGCUUUGUUUGGAUAUAUGAUUGCUACUCCUAAGUCGAAUGCUGCUAAGGCACAAAAGAAGAGGCGAUGAAGCUAAAGCUCUAAUACGAUACAAAACGACUAACUGUUACGGCUUUGCAGCUGGCUUCUUCACUUGAUACGAGUCUUAAUUCUCUUCAAAGAUACCAAAAAUUAGCCAUUCUGGCUUCGGUGGCUUCUUUCUGACUCAGAUUGAAGGCUGCCUGUUGUAACUUUUCCUCAUGUCCUUAAGAUAGUGUUUUCAGUUUUAGUCUUACCUUUUACUCCCUCCGUCCGAUGAUAUAGUUCUUGUUUUCUAUUUUGGGGAAACAAAAUAAUGUUUCUAUAUUUUUGAAUAGUAUGCAAAGACUAUUAUACCCUCAUUUUGUUAACUUUAUUUAUUAUACAGCCUAAAUUACUCUUAAA